UUUUCUAGUGACAAUGUCGUCAUUACUAAGGACAAGAGUGGUGUUAAAUAAAGCAUGGAAACCGAGAUCGUUAUCAACCUUGACUUGGACUGACUGUUUGGAUAACAUUUAUGCUCAUAAUGACAAGAUCAAUGCCUUUACCUCUGUUCAAGACAAAAAUGUACUGGAAAAGAUGAACAAUAACUUGGGAAAGGACACGCCUAUAAAUGAUCUACCUAUUGCUUUGAAAGAUAACUUUUGUACUUCCAGUCUCCCAACAACGUGUGGUUCCGCCAUGUUGAAAGAUUUUACCUCACCGUACGAUGCCACUGUGGUCCAUUUACUUCAAAAAGCUGGAGCCAAAUUGAUAGGGAAAAACAAUAUGGAUGAAUUUGGAAUGGGAUCUGCCAAUAUAUUUAGUAAUGCUGGAGCUGUCAAGAACCCUUGGGAAUACAAGUCAAACCCUGCAGCACUAGAUGAUCCUUCACAGAUACGUGUGGCAGGUGGAAGUUCAGGAGGUGGAGCUGCAGCCGUUGCAAUGGAUAUGUGUACCGUGGCUCUUGGAUCGGAUACAGGUGGCUCAGUACGUUUACCAGCGGCUUAUUGUGGUGUGAUUGGAUAUAAACCUUCUUAUGGGCAAAUCUCAAGAAAUGGAUUGGUAGCUUAUGCUAAUUCACUAGACACUGUAGGUUUAUUGGGUCGUUCUGUACAGGAUAUAUCAGCUGUUUAUGGUGUCAUUGCUCAAUACGAUGAAAAGGAUCCUACUUCAAUACCCUCAGAACUACGAAAGCAAAUAUUGGAACAAGAAAAGGAAUGGAUACAAAAUUGGAAAACAUCAUCACCUCCAACAAACGACGAUUUAUCUGGACUUUGUAUAGGUAUUCCAAAUGAAUACUAUGUGGAUCAACUUUCUACUGAGGUACUCGAUACUUGGCGACGUACUAUCCGUUCUUUACGUGAUCGUGGUGCUACUAUUAUCUCUGUCUCAUUACCUCAUACCAAAUAUGCUUUACCUGCUUAUUAUAUCAUUGCACUAGCAGAAGCAAGCUCUAAUUUGGCAAGAUUCGAUGGUGUACGUUAUGGACAUCGUUCCAAUGACGCUUUAGAAUCAGAUUUGAUUUAUGCAAAUACAAGAGCAGAAGGUUUUGGACCCGAAGUACAGCGAAGAAUAUUACUUGGAACUCAUGUAUUGACUGCUGGAACGUACGAAAGUCACUUUUUACCUGCUCAACAAGCAAGACGUUUGAUUGUGGAUGAUUUCAAUAGGAUAUUCCUCGCCAAGAAUGAAUUGUAUGAAAAAGACAAUCGACUACCGGAAACUGAAAAAGUACAUGUACUGCUAACACCAAGUUCUAUAUCGACAGCACCCACCAUUCAAGAAAGUUUACCAAGGGAACAAUCUUGUGACAAAAGCAAAAGCAAACGUGUGGUGGAAGCUUAUGUGAAUGAUGUUAUGACGGUACCUGCUAGUUUAGGAGGCCUUCCAGCCAUCACUCUUCCUUUGGGACAAUCAUCAAAAAAUGGAUAUCCAAUUGGAUUACAGCUCAUUGGGCAAUAUGGUUAUGAUAGAUUUUUACUUGAUAUUAGUGAUAGAAUUAUGCAAAGAAAUAAAUGACUUGUUUAAAUAGAAUGAAAAAAA